ACGGGUUUGUAGGGCUCGUCACUCGCGCCGCUGACGUCACCGAGGAAGGACGGCUCGCCUCUCUCUCCCCUCUUCAGUCUUUCCAGUCAAAAUCCUCCAGGAAACGUCGCCGCCAUGAGCUCCGAUAACCCCAUGUACUCCCCCUUCUUCGGCGUGAUGGGCGCCGCCUCCGCCAUCAUAUUCAGCUCGCUGGGUGCAGCCUACGGCACGGCCAAGUCCGGCGUGGGUAUCGCAGCCAUGUCGGUGAUGCGGCCCGAGCUGAUCAUGAAGUGCAUCAUCCCCGUCGUCAUGGCGGGUAUCAUCGCUAUUUACGGCCUGGUGGUGGCGGUGCUGUUGGCCGGAAAGCUGGAUGCUGCUGAUGCGGGAUACACCCUAUACCAGGGUUUCGUCCACCUGGGUGCCGGCCUGUCUGUGGGUCUGUCUGGUCUCGCUGCCGGGUUCGCCAUUGGUAUCGUGGGUGACGCGGGUGUGCGAGGAACCGCCCAGCAGCCUCGUCUCUUCGUGGGCAUGAUCCUGAUCCUUAUCUUCGCUGAGGUGUUGGGUCUGUACGGGCUCAUCGUGGCCAUCUACCUCUACACCAAGACCUCCUCGUAAGCGGCGGGGCUGGGCGGGGCGUCUCCUCUCUCCGGGGGCCCCCACUUGCUCUCCCCUGAGGCUCCCACACAAGCGCGAUACACUCACACACACACACACACGAACACUUACACAACAAACCAGCCAGCCAGCAAGCAAGCAAAGAACAACCAUUGGAUCUGGUGGCAUGUUAGUUUUGGCCUAUAGUUAAAAUUGAAGCCUUUCUCUUCCAUUUCCUUCCUUCCUCUCAUCCCUUCAUCCAUCCUCAUGUGACGUUGGUUAUUGAUGUGAAUAUUUUAACUGUUAUAAAUAAUAUGUAUAUCGUAACCCAUCUGUGGUGUGCGGAGAGAGACCAGUGCAUAAUUCCCAGGGGCCUUUCUUUGCCGAGCCAGGAGGUGGUUUGCCUGUAUAUGUAUAAAUGUAAAUUGUGAUGCCGCCCUCCUCCCCCCCUCCUCCCCUUCCCCACUUAAGCCUCCUCGUAAUAUUGCCGCUGCCACCACCAACAACAACGCUGCUGCUGCUGCUGCUGCUCUAGUUUGCCGUGACUUCAGUGUGGACGUCCAACAAGGACCCCAUUUGUGUCUUGUUUCUAGGCUGUUUAUGUUGUCUUCCUGUGCGUCGCGAGGCGGGCAGCACCCCCUCACGAUGCAUCCUGGGUAACAUGUCCUAAGAUGUAUUUUUGGCUAAUAUUCCCUCAUGGGUCAUCCUGCUUCACCUUAGUGGAGCACGUGGAUGAAGCGGCAGCACCAACACCACUAAGAUGGAUUGCACAAAGUACUCAUUGCCCCUCAGCAGCCAGACAGCCAUCACAAGCAGCCAAGAGCAGCCGGCAAACAGACCCGUGAAACUGACACUUUAUGGUUGUACAUCUAGCCCCACGCUGCCCAGUGGGAAGCCUUAGAUCAGCUGGCAGUGUGUAGAGAGGGUGUCGUACGUUGUGUGCGUGUCUGUCCUUUGACGUACACACGGUUAGGUACACACACUGCCUCUGCAUGCACAUAGUCAACAUUGAGAGAAACUUUUACUACAUCUAUAUACAGCUACAGAUAAAUUAGCUUAUUCUUUUGAGGUACAGAGUAAGCCAGCCGGCCUUGAAGUAACUUAAGUACUUAUCAUACAGUCGUUUGAAUACUUUGUAGUGUCAGGUAACGUCUAGACCCUUAGGGAUGCUUAGGGAAGGUUAGGGCGAGAGAGUGGCACGGCAGAGGUGGGGGAAACGGCGUGGCAGAGACCCAGCAGCUGCCGUCCCUGCCCGGCGGUCCUGGCAGGGCGGCAUUUGCCUUUAUUUAUUACUGCGGGUCCUGCCAGGCCUUAACAAAACCUUCUGAGCACAACAGCCGCCUGUCUCACCACCUGGCGGGCGGCUCGGACCGCCUAGCCGUCGGCAGUGUAGGUGAUCCUGUAGGUACAUAUAGAGGGAGGUUGCUGUCAUCGUGUGUACGUUUUAUUGAUUAUUUUUAUUAGUCUGGAGAUAUUGCAGGAGUAUAUCGUGGGGGAAAAUUUAAUCACUAAUGCAACUAAGAAAUCAACAUUCCGUGUGGAUGUGAUGCACGUGAACCUUCGGCAGAGACUACUUUUCGUAAGCGUUGCGUUGUAUCUUUGGCAAAUCGUGGCCGGGGGACGCGACAGAUCAACAGACCCCAAUCAAAUCACUGGUACUGUUCCUCUGGCCGCUGUUUGCCAAGGGAACAACGCAAAGGCUCAAGGAAGGGUUGUGUGUCGCGAGGGUUGAUGGGGCUCCGCAGUAUGUGCUUUCCAUCGUCCUGUUCUGUGGAUGGCUCUGGUUGUCAUUGUUAAAGGUGUGUGCAUUGUAUAAACGGUAUUAAUAUGUAAUGGUAUAUUGUUAAUAAUAAAGUUGUACUCGGUAUG